GAAUAACAAAGAAAAUUUAAAAAUUUCAACCCACACCUAGGGGCCACAAAUUUGAACCGAAGCGCUUUCAACUAACAGACAUUAUGUUAGGCUUUUUAAAAAGUGAUAAAAAUUCAGAUACAAAAAUUGACACCAUAUGUUGGAAAUAUUGAUUGAAUUUCAAAAAUUAUCAUUUUCACUAAAUCUGGCCUCAUAUUCAAUCAAACUUUAUUUUACUAGUGUUUUCUUUUCUAUCGCAAUUUUCUAUCACAAUGUUGAAGCUCAGCUUUGCCGUACUUUUACUUGUUCUGGAAAUUCAUGGAUCUUGUAAGAUAGCUAGUGCGGCUGAAAAAUUAUCAAUUGCCGGAUUCAAUAUGCAAGUGUUUGGCGAUACAAAAUAUUCAAGUCAGUCAUUAGGUGAUCAUGUAUACAUCGAUCAAACUCUUCGACAUGACGUCAUGCUUCUGCAGGAGAUCAGAGACAAAGACGCCAGUUCCAUUCACUCUCUAUUCACCCAAGUCAAAGACGUAGACCCAGUCUACGAAAUGGAUCUAUCAGAGCGAAUGGGUCGGACUAGUUCCAAGGAGCAAUACGCAUACAUUUACCGAUCCAACAAACUCGAGUUGCUCGAUAGUUAUGCGUAUCCAGACCCACUCGAUAUCUUUGAGCGUGAACCUUACAUCGCUCUAUUCGAGACGGCAGCAGAGAACUUCAGAUUCGCCAUGAUAGGACUACAUGCAAAAGCAGACUCCAAAUUGACAUUCGGCGAAAUAGACGCACUGUACCUUGUGGCCGAGACUGUCAAAAUGGAUCUUAACGUUGAAGAUAUUAUCAUCAUAGGGGAUCUGAAUGCGGACUGCAGCUACCUGUCUAAUGCAAAGAAGGCUAAGUUGAGUCUGGUUCAGGACACAUCCUACAAAUGGGCAAUCGGAGACAAUGAGGACACCACUGUGAAACAGUCUACUAAUUGUGCCUACGACAGAAUCAUUUACACUGGGGACACCCUGAGGGAGGCAUUUGAGAGGAAGGGUAUAGUGAAUCUGGAGGAGGAAUACAAUUUAGAGGAGGCACAGGUAGCCAAAAUAUCCGAUCACUACCCUGUCUAUGCCGUCUUCAACAUCAACAAGUGAUUGACAGAAAAAAAAACUCAAGUUCAAUUAGCAUUCUAGACGCAAGCAAUAAAAAAGGCUAAGCCCAACUAGCAAAAAAAAACAUGGUAACUGCUUUACAUGAAAAAUCAACAGUUGAAGGAAUCUAGAAAACUUAAGGACCUUCUAUUAGAUUGGAUAUUUCAUUUUAAUGCUUUCAAAAAAAAACUUUUUUAAUGCCAAAUUAUCAAGGAUUUGCUGCUAUGAAUUGUUGAAACUUGUAACACAACAGUUGGAAAUGAUUGUGCAUGAACCAUAAUUCUAGUUGACGGAAAUUCUACUCUCAAUGAACUGAUUUUAAUAACACCACAUGCUGCUUGCUAAUUGACCUGACUGUCAUUUCCAGGAAUAAUGGUUGCAACGACUUAGCAUGCUCGACACUGCUCACUAUAAUGCUCUUGUUUAUUGAAAUUAAAUUCUGAAGCAUGCGCAAAAUAUGUGACUGUAUGCAGGUAAAUAGUACAUAUGGAUAUUUUUAUAGUGAUAAUUCAACAUUUUUUUCUUCUUGUAAAUAAUAAACCAAUUUAUUGACAAAUGAAUUCUUAACUGAGAUUCCUGUUCAUGCGCAAACAAAAAAAAAU